GCUUGCCUCGAGUGUGGAAGUGGAGGUCAUGCCGAUGACAUCACCCAGGAGAGAGCCUUCAUCAUCAACUCUCUCAUUACCAAAACUAAGGUAAACUGGGCUGCACACUUUUUCAAAUCCAUUUCAAAACAUCUAGGAAAGCACAAUCAGAAGUAUCUCUGUCAAGGUCUGUAUAUUGGACAUAUUUUGGAAUCUAUGUGUGCCGCAGUUAAAGGGAAAAAGUAUGAAGCCAGAUACUGGCUAUACUACUUAUCCUCCAAAGGAGAAAAUAGAGCUAGUGCUAGUGCCACUGCAGAAGAAAGCUCAUCAGACAAUGUUCCACUCAUCAAUUUCCCAAAGACUGCCAAGAGAAAGCAUGCGGUGUCUCCCUCUCCCAGUGCUGAAGCACCACAGAAUCUCGCUCCAAUAAAUCUUGAAGAAGAAGAAGAAUCCUCUGACCAAGGAGAACUACAAAGGAAAAAGAAGAGGAAGAUCACCUCUCCCUCAACAUCUGGAAAUGUCAAUCCGGAUGAGUUGAAGGAGAAGGAACCUGCUGAGGAAACCUCUGCUCAAAACCGGAGCCCUCAACAACUUGAAGAAGAAAUUCCUCAAGUCCAAAGCCUUCCAACCUCAUCACUUCAACCUCAAAUAGAUGAUGCAGAUGACCAAUUCUGGCAGCUCUACUAUGAUUGGAAAGCCUGGAAAGUUGGAAAUUCAGCAGAGCAACUGUUGAAUUGGGACCAACAACUGAAGAAUGAGAAGAUCAUCAAGAAGUGCUUAGGAAUACCAAUCAACCACAACUGUGAACAAAUUUUGGAUGACUACUGGGUAUGGCAAAGGAAUCCUGAAGACUUGCAUCUGGAAUACCUGGCCAACACACCAGUUUCUGACUUUGAAGCAGAUGAUGAAGAUCCUGCAGUCUUCAAGUCAGUCUUCUCAAAAGACACAGAAGAUCAAGUGGUUUUCACUUCUGAAGCACAAGGUAUUUUGGAAGCAGCAGCUGAAGAUUUCCAAAUACUUCCGGAAACCUCACAUGUUUCUGAAAUGGUUCUAACUGAAGUUGUAGAAGAGAAGGCAACCUCUCCCCCACAAGAACAGAACCAGGAAACAGCAGAAGAAGAAGAAUUUCAGCAACUAAUCCAAUCUCAAGUUUUGGAGAUUCUCACCACUCCUUGUGAGAUCUCCAAUGCUACUGAAAUUGAGAUCCCGGAGAAGUCAGCAGAAAUUCCGGAACUGUCAGCUCUUCCAGAAACAAUGGAGCAAGUUGUUGAAGCACAAAGGAAUUCUGGAGAAGCUGAAAAGGAAACUCAAAUGGCAGAACUAGAGGUCUCUCAAACUCCAGUAGCCAUUUUUGAAGAACAGAAGACAGCUGAAGAAAGAGACUCCCUCUCUAGGGAUAUAUCAAAUUUUGCGCUUGAUGAAGCAGAAGGAGAGUCUGAAAGAACACUGAAGGUUACUGAUGAAGAAGAUGUACAAGAAGAUGCUGAAUCUCUUCCUAUGCAACUCUUCCAAAGAACACCAUCAUCUCAUCAGGUAACCAAUUUUCAUUUCCAUAGCUCUUCCACCCCUACUCUUCCGGAUGAGAUACCGGAAAUCUGGACAAAGAAGGUCCAAGGGCUGAUUGAAUCAGCCCUAGCAUCUCAACAUGCCUCCUUUAGGCAAGAGAUAGAGCAAAUGGAAGUCAGGCACACCCAGCUGAUAGAGAAAUCUGAAGGAAAACACAGCGCAGAUCUCAAAGAAAUAGGCAAAUCAGUGCACAAGACUCUGGAGAUUAUCUCUCUAUUGAGUGAAACUGUGAGCAACACGAUGGAAAUAUAUGCCUCUGACAGUCAACUUCAACUCAAAGAGAUCAACAAAGUCAAAGAGCAAAUAGCGAGUGUCACAGUUAGUCUCCAAAAACAGAUGUCCCUUCUCCAAAUGGACAUCAGAUCAGCCCUAGCAGU